CGUGCCUGGCUGAGUGUGCUGCGUCUUUCUGCAGCAGGGGGUCUCCGGGCAGCAUCGGUCAGGCGCCAGGUGCGCAGCAAGAGCGCAGGCGUCCAGGCCUCGCUGACUGCCCUCUCCUGCCCUCUCUGCCCCAGGCCUGCGGCUGCCCCCUCUACUGGAAGGGGCCGCUCUUCUAUGGCGCCGGCGGGGAGCGCACGGGCUCCGUGUCCGUCCACAAGUUCGUCGCCAUGUGGAGAAAAAUCCUGCAGAACUGCCACGACGACGCGGCUAAGUUCGUCCAUCUGCUCAUGAGCCCUGGCUGCAACUACCUGGUGCAGGAGGACCUGGUCCCCUUCCUGCAGGACGUGGUGAACACGCACCCGGGGCUGUCGUUCCUGAAGGAGGCGUCCGAGUUCCACUCGCGCUACAUCACCACGGUCAUCCAGCGGAUCUUCUACACCGUGAACCGGUCCUGGUCUGGCAGGAUCACCUGCGCGGAACUGCGGAGGAGCUCCUUCCUGCAGAAUGUGGCGCUGCUGGAGGAGGAGGCGGACAUCAACCAGCUGACCGAAUUCUUCUCCUACGAGCACUUCUAUGUCAUCUACUGCAAGUUCUGGGAGCUGGACACGGACCACGACCUGCUCAUCGACGCGCACGACCUGGCGCGGCACAAUGACCACGCCAUUUCUACCAAGAUGAUCGACAGGAUCUUCUCCGGAGCAGUCACGCGAGGCAGAAAAGUGCAGAAGGAAGGGAAGAUCAGCUACGCCGACUUUGUCUGGUUUUUGAUCUCUGAGGAAGACAAAAAAACGCCAACCAGCAUCGAGUACUGGUUCCGCUGCAUGGACCUGGACGGAGAUGGCGCCCUGUCCAUGUUCGAGCUCGAGUACUUCUACGAGGAGCAGUGCCGAAGGCUGGACAGCAUGGCCAUCGAGGCCCUGCCCUUCCAGGACUGCCUCUGCCAGAUGCUGGACCUGGUCAAGCCGAGGACCGAAGGGAAGAUCACGCUGCAGGACCUGAAGCGCUGCAAGCUGGCCAGCGUCUUCUUCGACACCUUCUUCAACAUCGAGAAGUACCUGGACCACGAGCAGAAAGAGCAGAUCUCCCUGCUCAGGGACAGUGACAGCAGCGGCCCCGAGCUCUCGGACUGGGAGAAGUACGCGGCCGAGGAGUACGACAUCCUGGUGGCCGAGGAGACGGCGGGGGAGCCCUGGGAGGACGGGUUCGAGGCCGAGCUCAGCCCUGUGGAGCAGAAGCUGAGUGCCCUGCCGUCCCCACUGGUCCAGAGGCCCUUCUUCGAGGCCCCCGCGCCCCUGGGCGCCGUGGACCUGUACGAGUACGCGCGCGGGGACGAGGACCUGGAGCCGCUGUGAGGUCGCCGGGGGACCCCACCGCGGGCCCCUCUGCACGUGCCACAGCCGGGACAGCGCGGCUUGUGUAAAAACUCUUGUCUUUUGGGGAAAGUGAGUGCGUUGUACGGAAUGGUAAAUUUUUAUUUAUUC